CCUAGGAUUGUCCGCCAUCUUUAAGGCAUUAAAUAAUGGUGCAUGCCGCUCUCUUAAAUUAAUUAAAUUUGUGAAGAAAUAUACGUUGAUCUUCCUGGAAUCUUAGGGUAGAAGAUACGAUCAGAAUGUCGUCGUUCUUCACGGCCAGGAGCAUUGCCCCAGUGUUCAAGCAGACUUUGAAGCAAUUCAUAUUCAACUGCGAAUCGAUCAAAUUCCAAAACCAGGGAAAGAUUGUACAAUGUGUAUUCACCAAUUACACUCAGACUAGGAAUUAUGCGAAUGAAAAGAAGGUGUUCGAAAGGACGAAGCCUCAUUGCAAUGUUGGUACUAUUGGCCAUGUAGAUCAUGGUAAAACUACUUUAACUGCUGCCAUCACCAAAGUCUUGUCCGAUAAGAAGUUGGCGGAUGCUAAGAAGUAUGCUGAUAUUGAUAAUGCCCCGGAAGAGAAAGCUAGAGGUAUCACUAUUAAUGUUGCUCAUAUUGAGUAUCAAACAGAAAACAGGCAUUAUGGACACACUGAUUGUCCUGGACAUGCUGAUUACAUUAAGAACAUGAUCACUGGUGCUGCCCAGAUGGACGGUGCUAUUUUGGUGGUUGCUGCUACUGAUGGUGUCAUGCCACAAACCAGGGAGCAUUUACUUUUAGCCAAGCAGAUUGGAGUGAAACACAUUGUUGUUUUCAUUAAUAAGGUUGAUGCUGCCGAUAAGGAGAUGGUUGAAUUAGUAGAAAUGGAAAUUAGGGAAUUGAUGACUGAGAUGGGCUUUGAUGGUGACCAUGUGCCAAUCAUCACUGGUUCAGCUCUGUGCGCUUUGGAUGGUAAGGAGCCGGAGAUUGGUUCGAACGCUAUUCUGAAGCUGAUGGCUGAGGUCGACACGUACAUUCCGACUCCAGAGAGGGAAUUGGACAAACCUUUCCUUCUCCCAGUUGAGCAUGUUUACUCUAUUCCGGGACGCGGUACCGUCGUCACCGGCCGUUUGGAAAGGGGUGUUCUCAAGAAGGGCGCCGAAUGCGAAUUCAUCGGACACAACAAAGUAAUGAAGAGUACCGUUACCGGAGUGGAGAUGUUCCAUCAGAUCCUCGAAGAAGCACAGGCUGGUGAUCAGCUCGGCGCUUUGGUGCGCGGUGUUAAGCGCGACGACAUCAAGAGAGGAAUGAUCAUGUGCAAACCCGGCUCCGUGAAAGCCAACGAUCACGUCGAAGCCCAAGUCUACAUCCUGAGCAAAGAGGAAGGCGGAAGAUCGAAACCGUUCACGUCCUUUGUCCAGAUGCAGAUGUUCUCAAGGACGUGGGAUUGCGCUGUUCAAGUAUUAAUUCCAGGUAAAGAGAUGGUCAUGCCUGGCGAAGAUUCCAAAUUGGUGCUGAAAAUGAUCAGGCCUAUGGUUCUCGAAAAGGGACAGAGAUUCACCCUCAGGGACGGCGUUAUCACCCUCGGUACUGGUGUCGUUACCGGCGUUUUGCCAGCGUUAACGGAACAAGACAGGAGCGCUCUCACCGAGGGAAAGAAAGCGAGGGAAAAGAAGGUCGUCGAGGCCAAGAAGUAAUUUUUCAGUUUUUCCGUUUUUAAACAAACAUUACUUAGGGAAUAUUUGUUCUAUCGUUACCUCUGCAUAUUUUGUAUCUUUUAAGUUGUAAUUAUGUUAAUUAUUAAUUAAAAAAAUUGUAAAAACUCUUA